AUAUCAACCGCCAUUUUCUUGCAUGGGAAAUGGAUUCUGAUAAAGGUCCGGUCUAGAUGAAAAUGAUUCUGCAUAUUAAGCCAGAUUAAAGCAGUAUAUACCACAAUUGUGGAUAUUUGUUUAGCUUCACUGUGCAAAAAAGGUCAGUAAAUUUUAAAAUAGUCGCAACUUGUGCUAAGACUUCGUAUCAAGAUGUUUGGUGCCAAACCAAUACCGUUUGGUUUUCCAGCAAAUACUAACGUUGGGACGGCUACACCCUUUGGAGGUGGCAAUAACAGCUUUGGUGCAAAACCUGCAGGAACUACAGCCUUUGGUACUCCCAAUACUGGUGUAUUCGGGGCACAACCCACAGCUGCCCCAGCAGGGGGACUGUUCGGCCAGACUAGCACCAGCACUGGAGGACUGUUUGGGAGUCAGCCAGCAACAGGAACCUUUGGACAAUCUCAGUCUGGAGGAUUCACAUUCGGAAGUACACCUGCAGCAGGCACUACCAGUGGGGGAGGUCUAUUUGGACAACAGCCACAGCAAAAUACAGGAAGUGGACUCUUCUCAACCCCAGCUACCGCCAAUGCAUUUGGAUCCAAGACCCCAGGAUUUGGAGGGUUUGGUGCUACCAGUACCCCAGGGACAGGGACCAGUCUGUUUGGUCAACAACCCAGCAACACAUCUUUGUUUGGACAGACAGCUGGAAGCAGUGGAUUUGGUCAGCAACAGCAGCCGAAUUCUCAAGUUGGUACAAAUCUCAAGUUUAGUGCCCCAGUCAGCCAGGACACCAUGGUGAAGAAUGGAGUGAGCACGCACAUCAGCACGCGUCACCAGUGUAUUACUGCUAUGAAGGAGUACCAGAACAAAAGUUUAGAGGAACUAAGGGUUGAGGACUACUUGGCUGGAAGGAAAGGUAAACAACAGGCUGCUUUUUUUGGAGCCACCCCUGCCAGUUCUAGUGGUGGCUUCAGUUUUAACAAACCACAGGCAACAGGAUUUGCAGCUUCAGCAGCACCUUUUGGAACCACUCCAGCAACACAGUCUUCCCUGUUUAGUCAGCCACAGAAUCCGACGGCUACAGCCAGCCCCUUUGGCCAGAACAAGUCUUUAUUUGGUGCAGCAGCUGGGACAGCCACCAGUACUACUGGAUUUGGUGCUGGAUUCGGGAAUACGGGAACAUCCCUCUUUGGAAGCAACCAGCCUAAGCCAGGUGGAUUUGGAGCAUCUGCUGUGACCUCAACCCAGCCCUCCUUGUUUGGGAACACGUCCUUUGGUGCACAGACCUCUGGAAGCUUUGGAGCCACAGGUGGAUUUGGGGCCCCAGCUACUGGGGGAGGUUUAUUUGGUGCCAAACCUAAGCCUCUGUUUGGUGCAGCUGCUACAUCAGCCCCGACUGGAUUUGGUGUUGCUCAAUCCUCUAAUCUCUUUGCUAAGCCAGCGAACAAUACAGGGACUGGCCUGUUUGGAAACACAACCACAUCUACAUUCGGAGCUAGCACUGGUUUUGGAGGGUUUGGUAAUGCUACAUUUGGCAAUACUGGAAACAGUCUGUUCGGGAGCAAGCCUUUAGGAUUUGGUGCCACCAGCACCCCAAGUCUGGCACUCAACAGCAAUACAUUCAAUAACACACUCAGCAAGCCUGCAUUCGGAGGCUUUGGUAAUACCACUGCACCGGCCUUCCCAGGACUUUCAGCAAACACCCAGCUAAAUCUUGGGAACACUACUUUAAGCACGGCACCCAGUGCGGUCGCUAAUUCAGCCAAUCAACUUCAGAUACAGCAACAGCUGCUGAACCUGGUUAACUCCCCUUACGGAGACUCGCCUCUUUUCAUGAAUCUGAAACAGAGUGAAGUUAAGCGAGAGGAACUCCUGAAACCUACAAAUCCAGCGGCCCAGAAAGCAGCGCUUAGCAACCAGUUCAAGGUCAGCCCACGACCUACAGCCCGAGUCAAACCCAAGUCUCUUCACAGUGUCUUGAACGGGUCAAAGUCCCAGAUGUUUGAAGGCCUGGAGGAUGAAGGAUUCAGCUUUGGUAAUGAGACAUUCCAACCCAAAAAGAGCAUUAAGAAGUUGGUGAUAAAGAAAGGUGGCUCCGACUCAUCUUCCCCAGGUAGCCGGUCUUCCUCAGUGAUGGGAGAACCCACUCAACAGUUGUCUGUACUGGAAACUGAUGGCCCUGAUAUCUCCAAUACCAGUCUGAACAUGCCUGCCGAGCCAGUGGUACAGAUUCCCCAGAUAACAACACCAGUACAGAAACCUAGUAACCAGAGUAUGGACGACACCAUGGCCAUGCUGAACGUACCUAAGGUCCCCAACCGUAUCACAUCGCGAUCGCCUGAUGAGACCGACCUAGACAUGUCACAGACAGAAGACAGUAUGGAGCGGAGGCCGACCACACCACCCCCACCUCAUGCUGCUGACAUUACACUGACGAGGCCCGGCUACUACACCAUUCCCAGUAUGGAAGAACUCGGAGACAUGGUGGACGAACAGGGAGAAUGUUUUGUGGACGGAUUCACCAUAGGACGCGAGAGAUAUGGCAGUAUUUUCUUCCCAGGAGUCUUCAGUGUUGCUGGUCUCAACUUGGAUGAAAUCGUACACAUCCGGAGAAAGGAAGUAGUCGUUUAUCCUGACGAUGACAACAAACCUUCAGUGGGUGACGGUCUAAACAGGAAGGCCGAGAUCACACUGGACUGUGUCUGGCCGAUCGACAAGAGUGAUCGCACACCUAUCAAGAGCCCUGAACGUCUGGCUGCUAUGAAUUAUCAGGAAAAAAUAGAAGAAAUUACUCACAGAAUUGGUGGGAGAUUUAUUGAUUACCGUCCAGAGACCGGAUCAUGGGUGUUUGAGGUGAAACACUUCACUAAAUAUGGAAUGGACGAGAGUGACGAGGAAGAUUUGUCAGACUUGGCACAGAAACAACAGAAACCUGGUCAACAGAAGCCUGGCUUGUCAAAACAGCUGCCCCCACAUGUAGGACAUGGACAGUCAUAUAUCCCUCAACAGCCUACCAAUGGUGCGGCACCACCCCCAAAGUUCUCAUUAGAUAUAUCACAGCCAGCAAUGGAUGACCGCCCUGUCCCUAUGGGGGAUGAUGAUGAUGUUCCAGACCUCUCACACAAUGACAUCCCAGAGGAAUAUAUCGAUGAUAUGGGUGACGAGGACUUGGAUGAUCAGGAUGAAGGGCCAGCCUCCCACAGACUAGCAGCCAGUAUGGGAGUCAGUGCCCAUAGCAUGCAGAUGAUGAAGGCAUCCUUCUUCGGGGAUGAGGAACAGCAUAAUGGAGGAGAUAGAGACAAGGCGAUAGAGAAACGCCACGAGACAACAGACAAACACGGACCUAGUCUCUUUAGCUCAGCCUACAAAUCCAAGUGUAUGUCUCCUGUCAAACUGUCACAGAUGCCACAGACCACAGACUUUAGGGAACAACAAGGUGACGAGGACUUGGAUGAUCAGGAUGAAGGGCCAGCCUCCCACAGACUAGCAGCCAGUAUGGGAGUCAGUGCCCAUAGCAUGCAGAUGAUGAAGGCAUCCUUCUUCGGGGAUGAGGAACAGCAUAAUGGAGGAGAUAGAGACAAGGCGAUAGAGAAACGCCACGAGACAACAGACAAACAUGGACCUAGUCUCUUUAGCUCAGCCUACAAAUCCAAGUGUAUGUCUCCUGUCAAACUGUCACAGAUGCCACAGACCACAGACUUUAGGGAACAACAAGGAAUGUUUCCACCUCGUAUCCAUACACCUGAACCUAUACGACCUGCUAAGAAGAAUUUCCAGUACCCACCUGUGGCUGAACACAUGACUCUAGCUAGUGGAAUGAAGCGUGAGGAUUUCCCACAGAAGAUUGUUGGCUCCCGUGUCCAGAGAGAAAUUCCUGAGUAUUCCAAAUCGGAAAUGUAUGGGAAACAGAAUCUGAUAAAAGAUGCCGCUUUGUUUAUGGGACGGUCAUUCCGUGUGGGCUGGGGACCAAACUGGACACUCGCCCAUUGUGGAACACCUAUUACAAAGGAGAUCACAGAAGAGAAGGAUGUGGUUGGGUUCUCACUGUUGUCGGGUGGGAGAACACGGCCUGCUGUAGACAGUACAUACGAGUGGAAGGUCACCAUGGAGAAGGUUGAUGUGGCCGGCUACUUCAGGCAGGAGGACACAACUGUGGUGCACAACCACGAGGAACUCCUGAUGAUCCAACUCGACCACUCGGAGAAGACGAGGUCCGAUUCCUGUCCUCACUUUGUACCUAGUCCAGGAGUGGAUGCCCUACAUCAGUAUGCAGACAGGGCCAAGCUCGACAAACAGGAUACUGAGGGACACCCAGAUUAUGACUCAUUGAGUCACAUGACCACAGUGUUUGACUUGUGCGUAUCAUUAUGGGGACGGUUACCAGCCUUCCCAGACCUUGAUGAUAUAGAGGACUGUUACGAUUACCAUCAUGACCGACGAGAGGCGCUGUCACAAUGGCUCAUGGACACAUCAAAAGAGGUUAUUAAAAAGGAGAUCAGUGAUGCUAAGUACAAAAAUAAGAACCACCUGCCUGCUGUACUGGCUCACCUAAGUGGUAACCAGAUAUCAGAGGCAUGUUCCCUGGCCCAGUCUUCCUCUGACCACCGCCUGGCACUGACACUGGCCCAGGCUGCUGGCAGUCACAUCCCUAGACAGCUGGUGGAGAGCAUGCUUAACGAGUGGAUAGAGCUCGAGGCACAAAAGCGUGUAGGUUAUCUGGACCCAGUACGACAGAAGAUUUACUCAUUGAUGGCUGGCCGCCUGGUCUGGCCUACACCCGAAUCUACAGUUAACUCAUGUGAAUAUAUGGAUUGGAAACGAGCUCUAGCUUUACAUCUAUGGUACCUGUGUCCUCCGAGUUGUCCAAUCCAACAAGCCCUGGAAGAGUAUGACAAUGGCUUCCAUGGAGCAACCACUUAUGGCCGUUACUGUAAUCCUCCACUGCCACCAUACCUAGAACAAUCCUCUGAUCUGUCAACCAUGGGGACUGACGAGGACCUGGAAAUCCAGGACACCUGCUAUCACCUGUUGAAACUGUACUCUCAGAGGUCACACAAUCUACAGCCACUCCUUAACCCAUCCUCAUCCACCUCUAGUCACCUGGACUACAGGCUCAGCUGGCAUCUCCACCAAUCCCUGGAUGCACUUGGAUACAGACACCUGUCCUCCUACCAUAGAAAUUCCAUACACAUGAGCUUCGCCUCCCAGCUCGAGUCCCUUGGCCUCUGGGAGUGGGCGGUGUUCGCUGUACUUCACAUUGAACAGCAAACAUAUCGAGAGUCUGCUGUAAGGGAGCUGUUACUCAGACACGUCAGUCUCUCUAAAGACCAUUUCUACCUGGAAAAGGAACAGUUCCUCAGAGAAAAACUUGAUGUCCCAGCAGAGUGGAUUCAUUUUGCAAAGGCAAUGAGAGCAAGGUUUGAGAGUCGUCCCCAUGAAGAGGCAUGGCAUUUGCUGAAGUCUGGACACUGGAAUGACAGUCACCGCGUGGUACUGAAUCACAUAGCAUCAGAUGCUAUCAUCAGUGAAAACCAUGACUAUCUUAGAAAAUUUCUAGCAGAGUUAUCUCCUCCAACACGCUGUAACAAAAUUGUUGAUUGGUCGAGGGGUGGUCAUGUUUUCAUGGACUACAUUAAUCUGUGUCAAGAGCUUGAGAAUCUGAAGAAAGAUCUACAAAAGGAUGAGCAACGCUCCAAUGUACAUCUGGAGGGCCUUCAUUCUGAUGUGAUGUCCCUGUGUAGCCGUGUAGGCAGCCUAGUGUGUACCAAUUCUAAAGACAGGUUAUGUCAGUCUGAAAUGUCAAAGAAAUGUGCUUAUCUCCUGCGGACGUUAUUAACCUUACAAGGUCAGGAUGGGGACCAUCUACCUUCAAGGUUACUGGCUCCUCACAUCAGUCGACUUCCCAUGCCAGAGGAUUACUGUCUUCAGGAACUACGAGAACUCGUCAGGAGUCACAUUAUAGAGACAACAGUUACAUGAUAGUGUCUAUAGCUUUUUUUAAAAAAAAGGAUUUUUUCAGACUUCGAAAUAAGUGACAAUUAUGUUUUUGGUGAUUAUGUAUUGAUGAUCAUCAGCUACUAUUGUAUUUCGUUUGGGAAAUGAAACCUUAAACAGUAUAAUAUGUGAUGAAAUAUCUUGUGGAAUUAUAUUCCUUUAUACACAUAAUUGGACAGGAUACUGAGGAAGUUAAAAUUUUGGUAAACUGUGAACAUUGUGUAAGACAGUGAUAAAGUUGGUGUCAUUAUUGACUGAUAACUGGUCAUACUAACGUGGAAACUGGACUGGAAAUAUGAUAUGUACGGUCAUUUAAUUUGUGGUUAUAUGUUUAAUAAAUUAGGCCUAAAAAGCCUUUAAAAUAUACCUUAUAUAAAGGGUCAUUCCAGGUUAGAGUACAUGUAUAUUGAAGAAGAGAUGAGAGACAUUCCUAAUUGAUGGUUUAUACGCAACAAAUCUAGAGGACCCGAGUUUUAGCUACUAUCCUGUAAUAUUGACAUAGAUUCCUAGAUCAUGUACUCAUCUUUUAUACUUAACACACAUCAACCUUAUCAGCCUGAACUACUACAUUUAUUUGGCUGUCUUGGGGGCUACUAGACUCCAUCAACUCAUCCUUGAUUAUGGAUUAAUAGUAUCUCGACUAGAUUUAGCCUAAAUUGAUCUGUAGUCUUAUGUUGGGAGGUUCCAUAGUCCAGGUUGGGACCUUUGGUCCUAGAGCUCAUGUUGGGAUUGAAGAUCCUUUAUCCUCCGGUCUGGGAGCCUAUGUUGGUUAGUAUACGAAUGGUCAGGUUUUGUAUAUUAGGCACUGACAGCUUGUUAUAUAGGUAAUUGCGGGAAAUACAUUAUGCUAUUAAAUUGUCGGCACUCAAAAGACUACUUUAAAAAAUCGACUUCAUGUUUGUAAUUCAAGAAAUAUACCUUGUACAUGCUGAAAAAUAUGGUACAGUGCUUUGUGCGGACCUCUUCAGUUACCAGCUCUAGGAAGCUAAACACAGAUACAGAAACAAUCUUUAGUAUGCAUGGACUCUCAAGGAUAUGUAAACAUUACACAAAGUCGUUACAUCUAAAUUAAAAUGUUUCUUGGGAUCAGAACAAACACACAGAAUAUUUCUUGUGAACACAUAUUCACUUUCAAAAACAUCACCUCUUACACCAGUAUGAAAUACAUUUGAAAAGAAAUUGUAAUUUAACUUGAUCCUUUAUUGUUGAUUUGAUAUCAGUUGAAAAUGUGACUUUUCAAAAUGAGAUUAUGAGGAAAUAACUUUGUAAAGACUUUCAAAAUGCUGACCAUUCUGGUAUUGAUCUGUAUACUGUUUACUGGUACUGUGGUAUUGUGGUGCCACCUCGCACUCCAGUGCGGUUUGUACGAGUUUUUAAUUUAUAUCACGAUAGACAUACUUGGAAGUUCCUUGUAGCCUACUUCUGUAUUUCAUCUACUCUAAAAUGAUUUCCUUCAUGAUAGUGUUUUCAUUCAUAGAUCAUUGCAUAUCAUUUUAUUGUCAAGUUUUUCCUGCGAUAACUGGGAACUGGACACAUUCUUUGUGUGUGUAACUAUUGUGUAUAACUGAUGUAUCUUAUUGUCUGAAAAUUAAAAAAGCUCACUUUAUCAAA